UCUGGCACCAUGACGCCUGUCCGCUUGGUGGUGGCUCUGAUUUUAGGGGCGCUCCCUGAAGCCGUCAGCUCCGAUCCGGUCCUCGGGUACCCCCUCCACUACCGCCAUCGCCAUCCGCCCCCCGCGGCUCCCCGCUUUCCCUACUACCUUCCCCCCCUGCAGCGGCCUCCGAGGCCGCCCGCGUCCCUGCGGGCGCACGCCCCGCGGCCCGGGCCGGCGCCGGGUGCGCAGCACGGGCUCCCCCUUCACGUGGGGCGCGCAUCCCGGCCGCACCCCGGGGACUGCCCUGCUGGCGGGCCCUGGGUCAACGUGACGGACUUCGGCGCCCCUUGUCUGCGCUGGGUGGACGUGCCAUCCCCGCUGGAGCGGUCGCCCCCGGAGGGCUGGGCUCCCCUGCGAGGGCAGCGCCACAACUUCUGCCGGAGCCCCGAAGGCGCGGGCCGGCCCUGGUGCUUCUUCCGCAACGCCCGGGGCCAGGCGGACUGGGGCUACUGUGACUGCGGACACGGGUUGGUCCGGCUGCGAGGCGGCCCAGAUGGGUCGGAAGGCCUGGUGGAGGUGUGGACCGGAGGGGCCUGGGGGGCCAUAUGCAGCAGUCGCUGGGAUGACGCCGGGGCCACUGUCGUCUGCCACCAGCUGCAGCCCGGAAGAAAAGGGGUAGCGAAACACACCCCGUUUUCGGGCCCGGGCCCUGUUCCCGCCCACUGGGGCGACGUCCGCUGCCGCGGGGACGAGGAGGACCUGCUGCUCUGUGAGAGGGACGCCUGGCGGGGCGGGCCGUGCCCUCCGGGGAUGGCAGCCGCGGUCCGGUGCAGCUUCUCCCCUGGCCCAGCGUCCCCGGUCCUGCGCCUGGCCGGCGGCAGCAGUGAGCGCGAGGGCCGCGUGGAGGUGUUCCACGCCGGCCAGUGGGGCACCGUCUGUGACGACCAGUGGGACGACGCGGACGCAGAAGUGGUCUGCAGGCAGCUGGGCCUCAGCGGCGUGGCCAGAGCCUGGACCGAGGCCCAUUUCGGGGCGGGGGCCGGCCCGGUGCUUCUGGACGAGGUGCGCUGCACGGGCAACGAGCUGUCGCUGGAGCAGUGUCCCCGGAGCCCCUGGGGGGAGCACAACUGCGGCCACGGAGAGGACGCGGGGGUGUCCUGCACCCCUCUGACGGACGGGGUCCUCCGACUGGCAGGUGGGAAGGACAGCCGCGAGGGCCGCCUGGAGGUGUUCCACGGGGGGCAGUGGGGCACCGUCUGCGACGACGGCUGGACCGCGCUGAGCACCGACGUGGCCUGCCGGCAGCUGGGCUUCAAACACGGCAAGCAGACCUCCGCAGACGCCUUUGAAGAGAGCCGGGGGCCCAUCUGGCUGGAUGAGGUCAGCUGCCUCGGGCAGGAGCCCCGCCUGCUGCAGUGCCUCAGGGCGCCGUGGGGCCAGCACGACUGCAGCCACCGGGAGGACGUGGCCGUCGCCUGCUCGCCUGGAGGCCACCAACACCGGCCACCUCUGGGUUUUCCCAUCAGACUGAGGGGCGGGGAGAACAAGAAAGAAGGGCGAGUGGAGGUCUUCCUCGGCGGCCGGUGGGGCACCGUCUGCGACGACGGGUGGACGGACGCGGACGCGGCUGUGGCCUGCCGGCAGCUGGGCUACAGGGGUCCUGCCAGGGCGCGGGGCCUGGCGUACUUCGGGGAGGGAGGAGGGCCCAUCCACCUGGACAACGUGGGCUGCACGGGCACCGAGGAGUCCCUGGCCGACUGCGUCACGCAGGACGUCGGGAGGCACGACUGCCGCCACGGCGAGGACGCGGGCGUGAUUUGUGGUUAUCUGGACAGGAAAGCCCCCGGCAACGCUGACAAAGCGUCCCCGCCGUCCACCUGUGGGCUCCGGCCGCUGCGCCGCCGGCAGAAGCGGAUCGUCGGUGGGAAAAACUCCUUAAGGGGCAGCUGGCCGUGGCAGGCGUCGCUGCGGCUCAGGUCGCCGCGGGGAGACGGCCGGCUGCUGUGUGGGGCCACGCUCCUGAGCAGCUGCUGGGUGCUGACGGCCGCACACUGCUUCAAGAGGUACGGGAACAGCACUCGGAGCUACGCCGUCCGGCUCGGGGAUUAUCACACUCUGGUGCCCGAGGAGUUCGAGGAGGAGGUGGCGGUGCAGCAGAUCGUCCUGCACCGGGCGUACCGGCCGGACAGCAGCGACUACGACAUCGCGCUGGUCAGACUCCAGGGCCGGCGGGGGCGGUGCGCCAGGCUCAGCCGCCACGUGCUGCCCGCCUGCCUCCCGCUCUGGAGGGAGCGACCCCAGAAGACGGCGCCCCGCUGCUACAUCACUGGCUGGGGAGACACAGGACAGGCCUACCCCAGAACUCUGCAGCAAGCGGCCAUCCCCCUGCUGCCCAAGAGGGUCUGUGAGGAGCGCUACCAGGGCCGGUUCACGGGACGCAUGCUCUGCGCUGGGAACCUCCAGGGACACAGACGCGUGGACAGCUGCCAGGGUGACAGCGGAGGACCCCUCGUGUGCGAGCGGCCGGGAGCCAGCUGGGUGGUAUAUGGGGUGACCUCCUGGGGGCACGGCUGCCGUGUCCAGGAUUCGCCCGGCGUGUACACCAAAGUCUCGGCCUUUGUGCCUUGGAUAAAAAGUGUCACCAAAGUGUGACUCAUGGGAACCUCAAGGGAAAACAGUAUUUAAAGAAUCUGUUGGAGAUUUCCAACCUUCACAUGGGUGCUCGGCCAGGGGUGCCAGCAGAUGGGGACCGAGGUCCCCGAUGGUGGUUCAGGUUGAAGACUGUGUGCACCGCCCCCCC